AUACCACUGUGUGUUGUUUUGGCUCAUCCAUCUGAGGAACAGAUAGUGCGCUCGGAAAGCAGUGUCGAACCAGAAGGCUUUAAAUUUGCAGUUGAGACAUCUGAUGGUAGCGUGCAUACUUCUGAGGGUCAAUUGAAAGAUGUGGGCACUGAACAUGAAGGUAUUGCAGUUCACGGUUCAUUCUCUUUUGUAGCUGAUGAUGGAAAAACCUAUACCGUUGAUUAUGUUGCCGACGAAAAUGGUUUCCAACCUCAUGGUGCUCAUUUACCUGUUGGACCUGAUGCUCAAUAGAGUGCUUGCAAAGUGAUAAACUAACUAAAAGUUAAUAAAAAGAAAUUAAUAUAAAUAAAAGUUAUGCAAAUUUUAUACCCACCUUCAAUAGAUAGGAAUUACCUGAAUGUAUUGAUUUGUCAUUUCAUUAGUAGCUCAUCGAAAUAAUGUACUUAAACUCUAAGGUCCAAUCUUUAGUUGAAGGAUUAAUUAUUAAAUUAAAAUUAAUCUUCAAAA